CGUGCGUUCCGAGCCACACACGGCGACAACAGUUCGCGAAGAGAUGUUACUACCCAUCUAUCUGGGACAUAUAACAAAAACAAAAAAUCAUAGCAACAUUAACGGUAAUCAUUUGUUGGUUACUAGGCGACCGAAAGCACGCGAAGGAUUUCCUUGGCGACUAUGAAGUCGGGAGAAUCGCAGCAGAAUCUGAUCGCGUCGGAGACCAUGAACGAGCCAACAACUCCGAUGGCCAACUUCGACAUCAAUGAUUUGACGGAGAAACCGCUCGGGCCCAUCGAGAAGACGUAUCUACUACACGCGGAAAGAGGCGACUGUGCAACGGUCAAAAGAUUGAUCAGACAAUAUGCUAACAAUCCUGAAGAGCUGGACAUAAAUUGCGUGGAUCCUUUGAACAGAUCCGCGCUGACGGCGGCAAUCGAGAAUGAGAAUAUGGAGCUGAUCAAAUUGCUCGUCGAUGAAAAAAUUCAAGUCAAGGAUGCGCUGCUUCAAGCUAUCAAAGAGGAGUACAUUGAAGCCGUCGAGUUUUUGCUUCAAUACGAAGAGGAACAUCAUGUUGUUGGACAACCUUACAGUUGGGAGUCCGUAGACAGAGCAUCUUCGACCUUCACCUCUGAUAUAACACCAUUGAUUCUUGCAUCGCAUAAAAACAAUUACGAAAUUAUUAAAAUUCUACUGGACAGAGGUGCAUCGCUACCCAUGCCGCAUGAUGUCAAAUGCGGUUGCGAUGAGUGCGUCGAGUCGAAUUCGUUGGACUCUUUGCGACAUUCGAGGGCAAGGAUCAACGCUUACCGUGCUCUGUCAGCAUCCUCCUUAAUAGCGCUCUCCUCCAAAGAUCCCGUACUGACGGCCUUUGAGUUGUCGUGGGAGCUGCGGAAACUGAGCCGCAUGGAAACGGAAUUCAGAGCCGAUUACAACGAGAUGAGGACCUUCGUGCAGGGAUUCGCCACCACCCUUCUGGACCACGUCAGGACCUCGAGCGAGCUCGAGAUCUUGCUGAACUACGAUCCAGAGGGUGACGUCUGGGAACCGGGUGAGCACCAGAGUUUGGAACGACUCAAGCUGGCCAUCAAGUAUAAACAAAAAAUGUUUGUAGCUCAUCCGAGCGUGCAGCAACUUUUGGCAGCAAUUUGGUACGAGGGGCUACCAGGAUUCCGUAGGAAAAGCCUCGUCGGCCAAUUGGUCCAAGUAGCUCAUCUUGGAGCGAUGUUUCCAAUCUACUGCACGAUCUACAUGAUGAAACCGGAAUCGGAGAUGGGACUCUUCCUGAAGAAACCCUUCGUCAAAUUCAUAUGUCACAGCACUUCGUACGCCUACUUCUUAAUGCUGCUGGGAGCCGCCUCUCAGCGAGUGGAAGUCCUAGCGAUCCAGAUGUUCGGGAACGAGUGGAUGCAAGAGAUGGUAGCUGAAUGGAGGAGAAAGGAGCGCGGCGCCGGGCCAGGAAUUGCUGAAUGCGGCGUAAUCCUUUAUAUGAUAAGUUUAAUAUGGGCGGAGAUAAGGACGUUGUGGACAGAAAGCUUUUCAGAUUACCUAUCCGAUCUGUGGAACAUCGUGGACUUCAUUACGCUAACCUUCUACAUGACAUGGCUAGCUCUGAGGAUGUCGUCCAUCUACACGGUCUGGCGCGAAGCGAGUCAAGGACGAGAUCCAUGGUAUCCUCGAGAACAGUGGGAAUCUUUCGAUCCGAUGCUGCUCUCCGAAGGAGCUUUUGCAGCCGGAAUGAUUUUCAGUUUCCUCAAGCUUGUCCACAUCUUCAGCGUGAACCCGCACUUGGGACCGUUGCAAAUCUCAUUAGGUCGCAUGAUCAUCGACAUCGUCAAAUUUUUCUUUAUCUACACCUUAGUGUUAUUUGCUUUUGGUUGCGGUCUAAACCAAUUGCUCUGGUAUUACGCCGAAUUGGAGAAGAGCAAAUGCUAUCAUCUGCCUAGCGGUUUACCUGAUUUCGAUAACAAUGAUAUGGCAUGCAGCAUUUGGCGUAGAUAUGCAAAUCUAUUUGAAACAUCUCAGUCCCUUUUCUGGGCUAGCUUCGGUUUGGUAGAUCUCGUGUCUUUCGAGUUAACAGGCAUCAAGGGCUUCACGAGAUUCUGGGCUUUGCUAAUGUUCGGAUCGUAUUCCGUCAUCAACGUAAUUGUUCUACUCAAUAUGCUCAUCGCUAUGAUGUCCAACUCUUACCAAAUUAUUUCAGAAAGAUCCGAUUCCGAAUGGAAAUUUGCAAGGUCCAAACUGUGGAUCAGCUAUUUCGACGACGGAGACACUCUACCACCUCCAUUUAACAUAUUCCCAAGACCAAAGAAUCUGUUAAUGUGCAGGAAUAAAGAUGGUAGAACGAAGUCGUUUAAGAGGAGGACCAAAGAGAAGGAACGCUUGAUUCACGAGAAGAUGACCAGGAUGUUAGUGAGAAGAUUCGUGAUGGCGGAGCAAAGGAAACGCGACGAUUUCGGAAUCACCGAGGACGAUGUUUUGGAGAUCAGGCAGGACAUAUCGAAGAUGCGUUACGAUUUGUUGGACAUAUUCAAGUUGAACGGAAUGCAGACACCAAAUUUGUCUUCGGAAACAGAAUUGUCCGGGAAGAAAGGUAAAGUGAUGGAGCGACGAUUGCUGAAGGAUUUCCACAUCGGUAUAGUUGAGCAAGCGGUGAGCGAGGCGAUGAGCGCUUCCAAAGAACCGAAAGAUAUCUUCGGGCAUUUGGCUAAGGUCAUUGGUAGAGGAUCGAAAAAUAAGUCGAACAAAAAGGAUUGGAACUCUAUGGUAAGGAAGGGCACCAUCAAGGAUCAAAUUGGAACGACGAAGAGUGCGGAUGACGCGCGUAUAGGACGACAAAGUUUGCGGAAGCACAUCUUGAGUAACGUUUCUUCGAGAUCGGGUAUCGAUCAAAAUAAGCUCUUGGAGUACAAUCCGAAGCUGUCCGAGGUUCCGAGAGGCGCUAGAACUGCGUACGCGAAGUUCAUGACCAAGAAAAUCCAGCAGGAUUAUACCGAAGAGGAUGACACCGCCAAAGCCGAGGGCGUCGCGAUGCCGGGGAAGAGCGUCAAGAAGCCGGCACCGCCGAAACCUUCCGUAAAGUUCAAACAUUCCGUGGAUAGUAGCAGCGGCACCGUGGAGGAGACCGACAAGAAAAGUGAUGCGAAAGGCGCCGACGGAGUGGAAACUAAAAUAACUGGAAGUGGUGACACGGCAUUCAAGUCUGCGGAAUCUAAAAGCGCGCAGGAAAAUAAUGAUAAGAAGACCGAUGAUAAGCAGAAAACCGAAGAUUCUAAAGAAUCAAUGGACGUGAAACCUAAAGAUGAAAAACCGAAAGAGGAGAAUCCAAAAGAGGAAAAACCGAAAGAGGAAAAACCGAAGGAAGAGAAAGUAGCUAGUGGAGAAAAAAGUAAGGUGGAUGAAACGAAGGAGAAAGAUGGUAAGUCGAAGGGUGAGAAAAUUGACGAUAAAAGUGAAGAGGCAGCAAAGGAUGCGAGUAAAGAUGAUAAGAAGAAAGACAAUGAUGAUAAAAAGGUGAAACCAAAGGAAGAUAAAGCUGGAACAUCAAAAGAUGAUAAGAGUAAAGUGGAGAAGGAGGUAAAGGCGGUUUUAACUAUUGAAAAUGAAAGGCCGUCAACUGGUGGGAAAUCCAAGUUGUCGGGGAAAGUGAGAACCGGAUGGAUUUAGAUGCAAAGUUGAGUUUAUAAUUGUAUUUUAGGUUUAAAGUUUUGAGUCUUUCACUUAUUCAGUUGAUAUUUAUUUAACACAGAAUAUACAUUAUAAAAUA